GCCUGCGCCUGCCAGGCUCUCACAGCUGUUGGGUGCUGCGCAGGGCUGACUGGAUCCUGCGCGAUGCAGCGGCUGCAGGUGGUGCUGGGCCACCUGAAGGGUCGGCCCGACUGUCGUGCGGAGCCGGAGCUUCAGGCCACACGAGGCUGGGGCGGCGCCGGGCGCGCCGAGGAUGUGGUGGUGGUGCACGGGCGGCGCACGGCCAACGGCCGAGCGGGCCGCGGCGGCUUCAAGGACACCACCCCUGACGAGCUGCUGUCGGCCGUCAUGACCGCGGUUCUCCAGGACGUGAAGCUGAGCCCGGCCCAGCUGGGGGACAUCUGCGUGGGAAAUGUGCUUCAGCCAGGGGCCGGGGCAGUGAUGGCCCGAAUUGCUCAGUUUCUGAGUGACAUCCCAGAAACUGUGCCUUUGUCCACUGUCAAUAGACAGUGUUCGUCGGGGCUCCAGGCAGUGGCCAGCAUAGCUGGUGGCAUCAGAAAUGGGUCUUAUGACAUUGGCAUGGCAUGUGGGGUGGAGUCCAUGUCCAUGGCGGACAGAGGGAACCCCGGGAACAUUACUUCACGCUUGGUGGAGAAGAAGAAGGCCAGAGACUGCCUGAUUCCUAUGGGAAUCACCUCCGAGAAUGUGGCUGAGCAGUUCGGCAUCUCACGAGAGAAGCAGGACACCUUUGCCUUGGCUUCCCAACAAAAGGCAGCCAAGGCCCAGAGCAAGGGCUGUUUCCAAGCUGAGAUUGUGCCUGUGACCACCACGGUCCAUGAUGACAAGGGGACUGAGAGGCGCGUCACCGUGGCUGAGGAUGAGGGCAUCCGCCCCAGCACCACCAUGGAGGACCUAGCCAAACUGAAGCCUGCAUUUAAGAAGGGCGGCUCUACCACAGCUGGAAACUCUAGCCAGUUGAGUGAUGGAGCAGCUGCCAUCCUGCUCGCCCGGAGAUCCAAGGCAGAAGAGUUGGACCUUCCCAUCCUUGGGGUCCUGAGGUCCUACGCAGUGGUUGGGGUCCCACCUGACAUCAUGGGCAUUGGACCUGCCUAUGCCAUCCCUGUAGCUUUGCAAAAAGCAGGGCUGACGGUGAAUGACGUGGACAUCUUUGAGAUCAACGAGGCCUUUGCAAGCCAGGCUGUCUACUGUGUGGAGAAGCUGGGACUCCCCCCUGAGAAGGUGAACCCUCUGGGGGGCGCCGUGGCCUUAGGCCACCCACUGGGCUGCACUGGGGCCAGGCAAGUCAUCACACUGCUCAACGAGCUGAAGCGCCGCAAGAAGAGGGCAUACGGGGUGGUGUCCAUGUGCAUCGGGACCGGAAUGGGAGCCGCUGCUGUCUUCGAGUACCCUGGGAACUGAGUAAGGCCCAGGCUAGAAGCGCCACCCAGUCCUACUCUGGCAACAACAAGAAAGCAACACUACAGAAGUGGAGCGGGAAAUUCAGCUCUGGUGGUGGGAGCAAUGGGCAAAUUGAGGCACUUCAACUAAUUUGAAAAUGUGAAUACUGAUGACACAGUAGAGGAGAGGGUGAGGCACUGAGCUGCCUUCUGCUAGGCCUCCUCUGGCCGGGCCACCCUGUGUGAUUCCUGCGAGGUGGGGCCUGGUGGAUGAUAAGUAAAUGAGUUCCUCUUA